GCGGGGCCGCGCUCGGGACUUCGGGAACGCUCCGGAGCGGGGCCCCGGGCCAGGGCCGGGCGGGCAGCCGCGGCCCGCAGUGGCGAUCAAGCCCAGGAAGUCUGGAUCUAAAGGCAUAACCUCUGCUGUCUGAAUUAAACGUUCCAAUGAUGUUACCUCAAGGGCUAUAUGUUCUUAGUGUGGUCCAGCUAUUAGAAAGAGAUGUCAAAAUUAACCUGGACUACUUGGGAAUGGCGAAACAUAGCCCUGGGAUCCUGCCAUGAACAGUGCAUGAAGAACAGAGGAGAUAUUUCCGCUCAUCAGAGAUGAUGUGGAGAGACACUUUGGGAGUUACUAACCUGGGCGGCAUGGAUCACUCUGUGCUCAGAGGGGAGGUCUCAGCAGUGCGUCACGACAGAUCUCUGGUGGAAGAGGAGGAUCCUCAUAUGAAAGUAUCUCUUGGUAGCAGCGAUAUGGGCGUCUCUGCCCAUCUACAGUCUUCUAAGACAGGGACCACAAGAUUUUUCACCAGCAAUACUCACAGUUCUGUGGUAUUACAGGGUUUUGACCAACUGCGAGUGGAAGGUUUGCUUUGUGAUGUGACACUUGUUCCAGGAGAUGGUGACGAAGUUUUUCCUGUUCACAGAGCAAUGAUGGCUUCUGCAAGUGAUUACUUCAAGGCUAUGUUCACAGGAGGAAUGAAGGAACAGGAUUUAAUGUGCAUUAAGCUUCAUGGUGUGAAUAAAAUAGGCCUAAAGAAGAUCAUUGAUUUCAUUUAUACUGCAAAACUUUCCCUUAAUAUGGACAACCUUCAGGACACUCUGGAAGCUGCCAGUUUUUUGCAGAUUUUACCUGUUUUGGACUUCUGUAAAGUGUUUCUUAUCUCUGGGGUUUCGUUGGAAAACUGUGUUGAGGUUGGGCGAAUUGCCAACACAUACAAUCUCACAGAAGUGGAUAAAUAUGUUAAUAAUUUCAUCCUGAAGAACUUCCCUGCAUUAUUAAGUACUGGUGAAUUUGUGAAACUCCCCUUUGAACGUCUUGCCUUUGUGCUUUCAAGUAAUAGCCUUAAGCACUGCACUGAACUCGAACUCUUCAAGGCAGCUUGUCGCUGGCUACGGUAUGAGGAGCCUCGGAUGGAGUACGCUGCAAAGCUAAUGAAGAACAUCAGGUUUCCGCUGAUGACACCCCAGGAUCUUAUUAACUACGUUCAAACAGUGGACUUCAUGAGAACUGACAAUACCUGUGUAAACUUGCUUUUGGAAGCCAGCAAUUACCAAAUGAUGCCAUACAUGCAACCGGUUAUGCAGUCGGAGAGAACUGCCAUUCGGUCAGACAGUACUCACUUGGUGACGUUGGGGGGAGUGCUGAGGCAGCAGCUGGUUGUCAGCAAGGAGUUACGGAUGUAUGAUGAAAAGGCCCAUGAAUGGAAAUCCUUAGCUCCCAUGGAUGCACCAAGGUACCAGCAUGGCAUCGCUGUGAUUGGAAACUUUCUUUACGUAGUUGGGGGCCAGAGCAAUUAUGACACGAAAGGAAAGACGGCGGUUGACACGGUCUUUAGGUUUGAUCCUCGCUACAACAAGUGGAUGCAAGUCGCAUCUUUAAAUGAGAAGCGCACCUUCUUCCACCUAAGUGCCCUCAAAGGACAUUUGUAUGCAGUCGGUGGUCGAAAUGCAGCGGGUGAGCUAGCCACUGUGGAAUGUUACAAUCCCAGAAUGAAUGAAUGGAGCUACGUGGCAAAAAUGAAUGAACCCCACUAUGGUCAUGCUGGAACUGUCUAUGGGGGAUUAAUGUAUAUUUCAGGGGGAAUUACCCAUGAUACUUUCCAAAAGGAACUUAUGUGUUUUGACCCCGACACAGACAAAUGGACUCAGAAAGCUCCGAUGACAACGGUCAGAGGUCUGCAUUGCAUGUGUACUGUAGGAGACAAGCUAUAUGUUAUUGGUGGAAAUCACUUUAGAGGAACGAGUGAUUAUGAUGAUGUUCUAAGCUGUGAAUAUUACUCACCGACUCUAGACCAGUGGACUCCAAUUGCUGCCAUGUUACGUGGGCAAAGUGAUGUUGGGGUUGCUGUCUUUGAAAAUAAAAUCUAUGUUGUUGGAGGAUAUUCUUGGAAUAAUCGGUGCAUGGUGGAAAUAGUUCAGAAAUAUGAUCCAGAGAAAGAUGAGUGGCAUAAAGUAUUUGACCUUCCAGAAUCGCUUGGUGGCAUUCGAGCCUGCACUCUUACUGUUUUCCCACCGGAGGACAAUACGGGGUCACCGUCUAGAGAAUCUCCUCUUUCAGCACCUUAGAAACAUCCCUUGACUUAUGAUGUUGUAGUAACACCUUUGCACUGCAUCAUGGAGUCUAUUAUUUUUCUUCAGUAGUUUCUGUUAGGCUUAGCCUACAGCAUUUCGUACAAUUACUGGAAAAAAAAAAAAAGACCUUGACAUUAAUUGUGCUGUUUGUUUGGCCUAGAAUGUUUGUCAAGUGGUUAACAAAAAAAGAUGUACUCACCCGAGCCAAAUGUUUAACAGAUGAGAAGAUAUUGUCUAUAAAAUGUAUGAACUAGGUACAUUAUUAAUGUUGUGUAUUGGGUGUGAGGUACCUUAUAGCUUACAUUUGGAAGCCCAAUGAGUCAAAUUUGAUGACUUUGUAUUGAACAUGUUCUUUCAGUAAAUUUCAUAGUUGAAAUCCUUUUUCCUUUCAUUUUUGACUGCUGAUUACAAGGGGAGGUAGAUCACGUCAAUGUGAACUAUGACAGAAGGUUGCCAAGGGGCCUGAGCUACCUCCCUCUUUUCACAGAGUAUUUUUGACAUAUCUGUUUUACCCACCUGACUUUGUGGGUGCUUUCAGAGCAUAUGAAGUUUCUUAGGCAGAGGGGAGAAAUAAUUUUAAACUAUUAACACUAUACAGGAAGCAGACCUUGUAGAGGCCGAGAGUUUUUUAUAACAUAUAUCGAGUGUUUUUCCUGAGUCGCUUGAGUGACACUUCAAACAAAAGAUUUAAAAUGUUUGGGGUUUUUAAUUUGGUGUUUUUCAGGAAUUGGCUUCCACUUGCAUGGGAGCACACACUAUUAACUAAUGGGAAUUCAGUGCAGUUGUAUAUUCUGUUGUAUGCCUGUACUGAAUAUGGGUAGAUAAGGGCUAGAAACAUUAACUUGUCACAGAAUUUGACCAAAUCGUUCCAUCAGAUCAAAUUUAAUCUACAUUUUCUCCUUUGCUGUUGAGAACUUGCAUAAUGUGUCCUCUGUAUAGUCUCAGUUAAUAAGGUUAUUUAGCACAAAGUGCAGCUUCAGCGAGAGAGCUGCUUUUGCUCAGUGAACUUGGACUACCACAUUUUACCUUCUUUUGUUCAAUAAAACUUUUAACUGCAGUUAUUCAGUCUAAGCUACCUCAUUAAUGUAUUUGGUUUUCUUCCUCUGCCUCACUGUCUCCAGGAUACGCAUUACGUAUAUCUGUGUGGGUAGAUUAAUUUGCUAGGAAACCAAUGCAGAAGUGAUCAUGAAUGGGUAUUUUUGACCUACUUUUAAGAAACUGUUUUGGCCCGAUGUGUUCAUUUUGUUAAGGACUGACAAAACAACAAACUGUGUCUUAAUUUUUUUUUUUUCCUUGGAGAACUACUGUUUGUGUGCAGCCAUGCAAAUUUACAGAAAUCUUUAUCUGCUCAAAAAUACAGUGUACUGCUGACAAAUUGCAGUUCUGAGUGCUUAUAGAAAGCUAAUACCAUCGUGCUUGUUCUGAACUUCUCAUCGUAUGUUACAAGUGGUUUUGCUAAUGAACACAGUCAGAGGGGCAUCAUCUGGGGAAAACUGUUUUAAUCAGCUUAUUCUAUUGUGCUACUUAUUACCAAUAACAUUGUAAAGCUUAAUAGACUUCCGUCGGGAGUAUGCUAUUUGUAUUUUGUCCCUGCUUGAUGCAUCAAGCAGCAGUGUUAUGAUGGUGUCAAUUUUGGAAGUACUGAUAUUUAUUCUUUAUGCAGUUUACUAGUAAUGAUCACUACCAAAAUGUAUGUGUAAGCUUUAGGUUUCACAAUUGUUUUAGCUAAAAUCAAAAGUAAUUCUUCCUCUUUAAAAAAAAAAUAAUCUUAAUUCUGUGUAGCUGUGCAAGGUUGUUACAGGUGUUAAUAGUGGCACCAGUGGAUAUUCUUGGAAAGCAGCCAGUCAGGAUGAAUUGACUCAUCACCUUAAGAAUACUCUUCUAAUGCUGUGCAAAGCACCAGAUAGGAAAAUGUUGCUCUGUCAUUUAAGUAUGUGUCAGUCAUUUAAGUGUCACAUACGACUAAUUUUUUUUUCCAUCUCAGAGACCGGAUUUUAGAGCCUGCUUGAGUUUAAAUCCCCUGAAAUCCAUAUUCCAUUUUUAUUUUAUUAAUUAAACUAAAAAGUAGUUGAAGUAGUUGCAACUCCUUUUGGAUAGUGUAAAUAUAUCCUGCUGUCUGUAUGCUGGGGAUGAGGAGACUCACACUUAAAAGAAGUGAGUAUCUUCACCAGUUCUCUGUUCGGAAGAAGCUUAGGGUGAGUUCUAACCAUUAUGAGAUAGUUAGAAGUCAGGAUGUCAAAGUUUGUGUCUGAGCCUUGAGAAUAGCCCAGGAGCUAUUGUGUAUGGCCACAACGUAGAGAUUUAUUUUUUUAGUGACUCAUUAUCUAUUCUACUUAAAGUGGAAGAAUUCUUUUUGAGUGUCAUUUUGUCAUCAGUGUUGGACAUAGCAUAGUGGAUUAAAUGUAGUGCUUCAAUCAAAUUAAUCUUUGAGGUUUUUUCUUAUAUCUCCCUCUGGAUUGAAGUGUUCAUAAUGACCUUAGUUAACAUCUACUCACCAGGAUUGAAAAGCAAGCAUCAAAGAUUUGCCAAAACCUGCAGACUGUUUCCUUCUGUAAUGCAGUGUAAAAUGACUUGAUGCUCAUUACAUCUUUCUUAACUGUAGCAUAGCAAACCCUUUCCAUCUCUGAAUCCACAGCUCUGGGAGUACAGGUAGAUAUAGCAGAUAUUCAGUCUCCAUUUUCAGUAAGGCUGCUUUUAUGAAGAGUAAGCCCGUCAUAGUAUCUAGAGCCAGCAGCAUCCAGAUGAUAAGCAGCCACCUCUUUUUUCAUAAAUCGUGAAUGCUUUCAUUUUUGCAGUUACAGUGCCUAAAUUAGAAAAGCAUCUGGAUAAAAAGCAAUUAGUAGAUAUUUGACCUGAAUGCAAAUAAGACUACAUUAGUGUGCUAGCAGGGAGAGCUGCUGGAGCUGUCCUGAUGAUGGCAGACCCACUCUGCAAUCUUAGAAUUCAUUUGGACUUGGCUUUUUUUGUGCCCAACUAGCAGCAAAUGCCGGAAGUGCUUGCUUCCAUAUACAACUCGGCAAAAGGCCCAGCUGAUAUCCCUGCAAAGAAACACACAGUACUCUGAAUGACUCGAGACGCCUGGGAUGAAGUUUCCCUUGUGCUGUGUUUUGAAAUAGGGUAAGAAAGAUGGGAAAGAAAACCUGGGAAAACCCAGAUUAUUUGAAGUUUCUUUGCCCUGUUCACAUCAAAGAGAUGACCAUCUGCAGAUGUCCAGUUUUCCAUGGUUCCCCUUCCCUUAAAAAGUUGUACAAAGUCUGAGAGUCUGGCUCAGGGAGAGCAAUUCAUGGCAGGACCCAACCUAUCCUGGGGCAUUUGCAGUCUUGGCAUUCUUGGGAUAAUGGAGUUGUCAUGAAGGGGUGAGAACUGGAGCAGCAGAAGGCGGCUGGCUGACAGCCUGACCUGCAGCCCUAGAGCUCCUUUGUGCUGAAGAAUCACUGUGAGUUUGAACCUCUUGCUAGGAUAAAAAUGAGCUGUUUCUCAUACCAAUGCUAUUUUUAAAUUGCCCAUUCUGUUUCUGAGGGGGGGAAUCUUCAAGGAGUAGCAUAUUAGUAACAGAAGCUCAAACCAAUAGUCUGAUUCCUUAGCAGAAUAAUGGAAAUCAUGGAUUAGGGCAGUCUGCAUACAGAUAAAUAAAUUCUCCCCAAAGGCUUACAGCCUUAAUCUGACAGGCUGGUUGGACAUCAAAAAAUAAUUUGAUGCCACAGCAAUAAGUGCAAUACAAAUGUCUGGAGAAGUUUAUAGCCAAAGAUUUGGGGAUUCUGAUCUGGAGCACUUUUUUGCAAAGUUCACUCUACUUACUAGAUUGUUGUUACUUCUUAAUUUACCCUCCAGCUGGUAAUUACCUCAUCUUUGCAUUGGUGUCUGACUCUACUGGUAGCUAGGUUUUUUUAAUUCUUCCUUUUUGUAGCUAACAUCUCUGUUACUUCAUCUGCUCCUAAUCAUAAUUGGUAAAGCUGAAGCUUUUCUAGUGGCAUGGUCCUCACGUCAAGGGAGAAAAUAGCAUACUGCUGGUAUGUAACAUACUUUGAUAAAUGCAUACAUGGAAAUAUAUAAGCAAUUUUAACCUAGUAAAAGGUAUGUGUGUGUUGGAGUCAUGCAUGUCCCAUUUCCUCCUGGCUUACACCUUACAUGGUGUUUUAAGUUGUGUGUAGUGAUAGAUUACCCACGGAUCUGGAGGGUGAGUCAAGCUCUCUCAUGUAGCACUUGCUUUCCAUGCUCUGUGAAAGUGUUCUUUACUUGCGCAGCAUAUGCGGCUUAUCAGAUAUGUUUUUCUUUUGUAUUUUAACUAAAAAUGUGAAUGAUAGUUCUCUGUGUACAGAUGUGGUCAGAAAAAAGAAGUCUUAAAAUGCAGAGUUAUGUAUGCUUUGUUUAAUGAUAAGUCUUUGGUCCCAUGAGUAUUGCAGGACCCUAUCAGCUGUGAAAAGGUGAUUGGUUUUGAGAGCAAGCUAGGGAAUGAGGAUGACUUUACUGACUGCCACCAGUUCACAUGUUCUUGUUGCCAGUCUUCUACACAUCAUUAAGUGAACUUUUCUGAGUCCCUAGGCUCUAUCUUUUCAUGUCCAGCCCUGUUGGACCUGCUGAUUACCUACUCUGGGGAAAAUGUGGUGGGAUUUGUUUCACAACAUAUCUUACUUGGUAAAACAACAUGGCUAGUUUUUGUUAGGAAUUUCUGCAUGAGCGAUACACACGAGUCCUCCGGAGUUUAUUUAACAACCAGGUGAUUUGUAGAAGAUGCAAGCCCAGAUAACCUGGGAGUGGUGCUACAGCAGGAGCAUGGCUGACAUUCCAGAAGGGAUGGUCUGGAAUGGGGAUUGCCGCCUCCUCUGUGUAUUAUUUUGGAUCUUGAAUGCUGGGGUUUUUUUCCUCAUCUUUGAGAGUGUUUGUUGCUGCUAUUCGGGUUUUUCACUUUUUAUUCAUGAAAUGAGUGAUGCCUCUCUGAAUCUGUAGUGGGAGUGAAAGGUUCAGUUGGUUCUUUCUGAGCUAGCUGAAUGCUGUCAGGUUAUCCACAUAUUCAUUAAAAAGUUUUCUAUUCAGGGCUUUGUUUCCUAAGCCUUUAUAAGAAUUCAGUUUGUGAUGUGAAAAGAUCUCAGAUGAAAAUGUCUUUGGACUGGAAACAUGCAAAGCUAGUAAAUUUGCAGAGUAAAAUUAUAAUCUAGGCAGAAAAAAAAGCAUUUUUUAGAGUUCGUUGGCAUGUUUUGUAGGUUCAUUUGGACAUUUAGCUCCCACAGGCUGUCUGGAGCAAGAUAUAUAUAUUUAUUUAUUUUUCUUUUUUAAUAAUUUGUAGUUGGCUUAGGUGAACCAGAGCUCAGUUGGUCAUACCUGCUUGCACUCUUGGCUGGCCUGUCUCUGUGUCGCCCCUUAGACCGCAGCAUUCUGCAUUGGCUGGGGUGUGUUUUCUCUGGGCACGGGUAAAAGAACCUCUCCUGUCUUCCAUAUCGCCUGUUGAUUGAGUUCCAGAACAAAUUUGAGCUUUGAUCUUCUAUCUAAAGUAUGUAGUGGUUCUGGCCUGCUAAAGAUUAUGAGAAGCUGGGGAAUGAGGACCAUGGCUUUGACAUUUCAUUACCCAGCAGCCCAUUGCUGCCCUGCAGGCAAAUAUUCCCAAACCCAGCUAAAAUCUGUGUGCAGGAGGCAAAUCUCUUAAGGCUGACCUAGAAUUUUAGUUACCCUGGCAUCUAAAGACAACCAGAAUCUCCUUGUCCUCUUUUCAAGGAGCAUUGUGUACCAGAGCUGCUGAGUCCUCUGGAAGUGGGUAAAUAUAGUAACUCUUUGGUAUGCAAUAGUUCUUUCUUGGCUAUUGCUUCUGCCCUUUCUUUCUUCUGUGCCCGUAUCGAAAUUGCAGGAGGGAGGGUCAGGGCUUGGUCACGCUUCCCAGAUCCCAGAAGUGAGCAAGCUGGUUUACUCUCAUCUGCCUGCACAACACUGUGGGAGAAAGACCUGUAGGAAUGCUUCAGAUUUUCAACAUUAACUCACAGAAUAAUAUCAAUUAAUGAAGGAAAAAAUUAAAAUUGGUCCAUUUUAACAUGUGUUCUCCAUAUCCAGGAUUGUUCCACAAUACUUGGCCUCUGUUGAAUUAACAACUUUGCCUUUACCUCCAUUGUUCACAUCACUGUAAAAAAAAUUGCUUGGUUUCUUUUCUAUUUGUUUGUCAUUGCUUGUAACCUUUUCUUAGAAGUGUGGAAAUAAUUUUCCCUACAUGUUUUAUGCACCGAAAUAAACACACCACUGAUCACCUGA